AUGUCGGCCCCUAACGACAAUGGCGUUCUAGCCAAUGAGCCCAAAGAAAUCCUACCAUCAACGCCUAGCGAACACUCAAUAUCCCACAAAACGGAACCAUCCACAGACCCAGAGGCAUUCAAUCCAGGAUGGAGAUUUGUCGCUGCCUUCGGUAGCCUGUGUGUCAUUGUCCUAAUGGCUGCACUAGACGCGACCUCACUUUCCGUCGCCCUUCCAGUUAUGGCACGAGCCCUCGGCGGCUCCGCCAUCGAAGCUUUCUGGAGCGGAACAUCGUUUCUUUUGACCUCGACCGUCUUCCAGCCAGUCAUUGGCUCCUUCUCGCACAUCUUCGGCCGCAAGCCACUCAUCUAUCUGAGCUUGGUUUUCUUCACUGCGGGAGCUAUCGUUGCGGCCGUGGCUAACAACUUCACCGUCAUUCUGGUUGGGAGGAGUAUCCAGGGUGUCGGCGGUGGAGGCAUCAUUUGCUUGACUGAGAUUGUAGUUACUGAUAUGGUGCCUUUGCGGGAACGAGGCAAAUGGUUCUCCAUGUUCAGUGCCAUGUGGUCUAUUGGCACGGUUGCCGGUCCUCUGCUUGGUGGUGGCUUCUCGCAGAAUGUUUCAUGGCGUUGGGUCUUCUGGAUUAACCUUCCAUUUAUCGGCGUGGGAGCUGUCCUCAUCACCAUCUUCCUUCAGCUCAACUACAAGACUAGUUCCUUCUUGGCCAAGCUUCGACGCGUGGACUGGUUUGGCAUGUUCUUGUUCCUCAGCUCGACGACUGGUUUCUUGAUCCCCAUCACCUGGGGCGGUGUGCAGUACCCCUGGGACAACUGGAGGACUCUAGUGCCAUUGAUCCUCUGCGCCUUCGGCAUGACCGGCUUCAUCGUCCACCAAGAGUACUUCGCUGCAGAGCCUCUUAUCCGCACUAGUGUCUUCAAGAACCGCACUGCCGCUAUCACUUACCUUUCCGCCGUCGUUCACGGCAUCAUCCUCUGGUCGGUCCUCUAUUACCUGCCGCUCUACUUUCAAGCCGUCAAGGGAAUGAGUCCGAUCAUGAGUGGUAUCGCCAUCUUCCCCUGGACGUUCACAGUCGCGCCUGCCGCUGGCAUUGCUGGUUUCUUGAUCGCAAAGACCGGGAACUACCGUACCAUCACAUGGGUCGGAUGGUUCCUUGCGACUUUCGGAAACGGACUGCUCAUCUACCUCAAGACUGAUACCAAGACGGUAGCCUGGAUAUUUUUGAACUUGGUCGGCGGCACAGGGGCAGGUAUGCUUUUUGCAAGCAUGGCAAUUGCUGUGCAGGCGUCUGCCACCAAUGAGGAUCAGGCCUAUGCUGCCAACAUGUUCUCCUUCCUGCGCGCUUUCGGCCAGACACUUGGCGUUGCCAUCGGUGGCGUCAUCUUCCAGAAUCAGGCCAAGAGGAAGAUGCUCACAUUCCCUCUGCUCGCGGAUAAAGCAGCUGAGUACAGCAAGGACGCUGCUGGGCUUGUAGAGAUCAUCAAGUCUCUUCCUUCCGACUCGCCGAUGAAGCUGCAACUUCGUGAGUCGUACACUGAGGGACUCAGGUACGUGUGGAUUGUCAUGACGGUCUUCGCCUUUGUGGCAUUCGUCGCAAACUUCUGGAUCAAGGCGUACUCGCUGGACACCGCGUUGGAGACAGAGCAGGGAUUCAAGGAGAAGAGGAAGAGCAAGGACAUGGAGCAGGAGCCUCAGGCGUAG